CCGGGGCGCACAGCUGAGCGCCGCCGCACAACCCUCCUCCUCCCCUGCGCUCUCCUUUUCCUGCUGCUCCCUCCCUUUCUUCCACCUCUGCCUCCUCCGCAGCCGGACCAGCUCCUUCCCACCUCUGGCGCCCCAGAGACCCUCGAGAUCCCGCGCACACUUCCCCACCCACCCCGGACCGGAUAGGAAAAGAAAAGAGCGGCCCGGAGGAGGAGAGAAGGGGGCCGGGAGGGGGUGGGUCACUCGCGGGGUGACCCGAACCCGCGCUCUCCGGUUCCUCCCGACGGCUCCGGAAGGGGGAGGGGGGAGGAGGCCGCAUAGCCCCCCUCCCCGGUGCCGACUCCCCCUGGCGGCCGCUCCCAUGGGUGUCGCGGGGCCGCGCCAUGCCUAAGGGGGCGCCGCGAUGGGCCAAGGGGACGAGAGCGAGCGCAUCGUGAUCAACGUGGGCGGCACGCGCCACCAGACGUACCGCUCGACGCUGCGCACGCUGCCCGGCACGCGGCUGGCCUGGCUGGCCGAGCCCGACGCCCACAGCCACUUCGACUAUGACCCGCGCGCCGACGAGUUCUUCUUCGACCGGCACCCGGGCGUCUUCGCGCACAUCCUGAACUACUACCGCACGGGCAAGCUGCACUGCCCGGCCGACGUGUGCGGGCCGCUCUACGAGGAGGAGCUGGCCUUCUGGGGCAUCGACGAGACGGACGUGGAGCCCUGCUGCUGGAUGACGUACCGGCAGCACCGCGACGCCGAGGAGGCGCUCGACAGCUUCGGCGGCGCGCCCCUGGACAACAGCGCCGACGACGCGGACGCCGACGGGCCCGGCGACUCGGGCGACGGGGAGGACGAGCUAGAGAUGACCAAGCGCCUGGCGCUCAGCGACUCCCCGGACGGACGCUCCGGCGGCUUUUGGCGCCGCUGGCAGCCGCGCAUCUGGGCGCUCUUCGAGGACCCCUACUCAUCCCGCUACGCGCGGUAUGUGGCCUUUGCUUCCCUCUUCUUCAUCCUGGUCUCCAUCACCACCUUCUGCCUGGAGACGCACGAGCGCUUCAACCCCAUCGUGAACAAGACGGAGAUCGAGAACGUCCUGAACGGCACGCAGGUGCGCUACUACCGGGAGGCGGAGACGGAGGCCUUCCUCACCUACAUCGAGGGCGUCUGCGUGGUCUGGUUCACCUUCGAGUUCCUCAUGCGCGUCAUCUUCUGCCCCAACAAGGUCGAGUUCAUCAAGAACUCGCUCAACAUCAUCGACUUCGUGGCCAUCCUGCCCUUCUACCUGGAGGUGGGCCUGAGCGGCCUGUCCUCCAAGGCGGCCAAGGACGUGCUGGGCUUCCUGCGGGUGGUCCGCUUCGUGCGCAUCCUGCGCAUCUUCAAGCUGACCCGCCACUUCGUGGGCCUGCGGGUGCUGGGCCACACCCUGCGGGCCAGCACCAACGAGUUCCUGCUGCUCAUCAUCUUCCUGGCGCUGGGUGUCCUCAUCUUCGCCACCAUGAUCUACUAUGCCGAGAGGAUAGGGGCCCAGCCCAACGACCCCAGCGCCAGCGAGCACACCCACUUCAAGAACAUCCCCAUCGGCUUCUGGUGGGCCGUGGUCACCAUGACGACGCUGGGCUACGGAGACAUGUACCCGCAGACGUGGUCGGGCAUGCUGGUGGGGGCGCUGUGUGCGCUGGCGGGCGUGCUGACCAUCGCCAUGCCCGUGCCGGUCAUCGUGAACAAUUUCGGCAUGUACUACUCCUUAGCCAUGGCUAAGCAGAAACUACCAAAGAAAAAAAAGAAGCAUAUUCCACGGCCGCCGCAGCUGGGAUCUCCCAAUUAUUGUAAAUCUGUCGUAAACUCUCCACACCACAGUACUCAGAGUGACACAUGCCCGCUCGCCCAGGAAGAGAUUUUAGAAAUUAACAGAGCAGAUUCCAAACUGAAUGGGGAGGUGGCGAAGGCCGCGCUGGCGAACGAAGACUGCCCCCACAUAGACCAGGCCCUCAGCCCCGAUGAGGGUCUGCCCUUUACGCGCUCGGGCAACCGCGAGAGAUACGGACCCUGCUUCCUCUUAUCAACCGGGGAGUACGCGUGCCCGCCUGGUGGAGGAAUGAGAAAGGAUCUUUGCAAAGAAAGCCCUGUCAUUGCUAAGUAUAUGCCGACAGAGGCUGUGAGAGUGACUUGACCAGGCGGCUUGGCCCAGGACACUGGUGGCUAUUAAGCAGCUGGGUGGACCUGCAGCCCCUCCUCACCCUUGGACAGAGUAAAUUCACGCCAUGCAGGUUUGCCGGACGAGGCCGAGGGGCCCAGGCCUUGUGCUAGGACGGACGUAGCUUUUUCUACGGCCAAAUGGUAACUGACCGUAGAGGAUUUUGUUUCUUUUCUUUCUUCUUCUUCUUCUUCUUCUUCUUCUUCUUCCUCUUUAUUCCCUCCCCCUUCAAUUUCAUUUUAUUUGGGGAGGGGGGGCGUGGAGGGGUUCCUUAGCAUGACUUGCAUGAAGUUAAACAGAUAAACCUACCCCCACCCCCCACCCCUGCAACUGUAUGAUCAUUCUAAACAACAACGAAAAGACUAAAGCAAAAGUCCUCUAUUUUCUCGCCAAGCUCUUUCACAUAUGGUGUUGGAGCCAAACUGUAAAGGCGCUCGGUAGCAACCUGUACAUUUUUUUGGGGGGGAGGGGAGCCAGAGCGGGGGGAGGGGCAGGGAACAGAUCGCUUCCUUUUCUGUCCACGGGAUCAAGAGCAAAGGUUCCAAAAAGGGCAGCCGGUCAGUCAUCGGUCAUAUUGACCUCACCUUCAUAAUCCAUCUCUCAUGCGGAAACUCAGAACUCUGCUGCAGGUAGAAUCAUGGACACUCUCGCUGCCGCCUUCUUCUCGUUUGGCAUGUUUGUGACCCGGCGGACGUCUCCCCAGCACCCUUGAAGUGGCUAGUCUAGGUCGAGUCUAUCAUCUCGUUGGUGUGUAGCUCCAGUGUGACCAACUUCCAUCACCAAUUGUUCCUAGUAGCUCAUCCAACCGUGUCUGGAUCUUCCAAGUGUUACUUAGCUGCACCAGGCCGUGAGGACGUGGGGAGGAAGGGGCAGCCUCCUCCCCCCCCGCCCCGCCCCCCACACCUGAUUCAGGCACAAGCCCGGCCUCCUAUGCACUCUUAGUACUGCCAAGUAAAACACUGCAUGCCUGAUGUUCUGCAAAGCGAUUCUAGCAUGAAAUAAAUUUUGUAUCAUGGUUUUCUGUAUAGUCUAAAAGCAGAUUUGUUUUCCGGAAGCAAUCGGAAGGUUUGCAGAGACACACACUUCUGCAUCUUGAAUAAAUAUAGUAUUUUCCCAACAGAAACCGAGGACAGUA